AUGGGGAGGGGUAAAAUAGAGAUAAAAAAGAUCGAAAACGUUAACAGCCGUCAGGUAACGUUCUCGAAACGGCGCGGUGGAUUGCUGAAGAAGGCUAGGGAGUUGUCCAUCUUGUGCGAUGCUCAGGUCGCCGUCAUAAUCUUUUCCGGCACCGGAAAACUUUACGAGUUCGCCAGUUCCCGAAACGUAAACUACACUAGACUAAUCAUAUGUGACGAACUCGAUAUUCCAAUGAAUUAUCUACUUCCAAGAACUAGCAGCACCGGCGGCAAGAUAGUUGUCUCCGGCAACUUUUUAAGAUCAACUUCGUCGUCCCUCGACUCGGUCGAGGAUUUCCACCACCGUGCCAUAGUCCGCCGCCCCUCCAACUCCACCACCACCGCCUUCAGCUUCCUGAGCAGAGGCCGCAGCGGCGUCUCCGCCUUACUCCGGUCGCUCCUCUCGGUUUUCACCUUUCCAACCAUCCUGCCCAGAUGGCUCGGCGUCCCAAACCAACUCGCCGUCACCCCCUCGCUCGGCCGGAAGGUCACCGGAACCCUCUUCGGCCACCGCAGGGGCCACGUCAGCUUCGCCGUCCAGUACGACCCGAGAUCCGAGCCGGUUCUGCUGGCGGAGCUCGCCGUGUCGACCUCCGCGCUGGUGAAGGAGAUGUCCUCCGGGAUGGUGAGGAUCGCCCUGGAGUGCGAGAAGAUCCACCAGCCGCGCGGCGGCGUAGGGGGGAGGGCGGCGGCGGUGAGGCUGUUCGGGGAGCCCACGUGGACGAUGUACUGCAACGGGAGGAAGUGCGGGUACGCGGCGACGAGGGCGUGCACGGAGUCGGACUGGCACGUGCUGAGGACGGUGCAGAGCGUGUCCGUCGGGGCGGGGGUGAUUCCGGUGGUGGACGACGGCGGGAAAAGCAGCGCGGCGGAGGGUGAGCUGCUGUACAUGAGGGCCCGGUUCGAGAGGGUGGUGGGUAGCCGUGACUCGGAGGCGUUCUACAUGCUCAACCCGGAUGGAAACGGUGGGCCCGAACUCAGUAUUUUCUUGCUUAGAGUUUGAUUUAUUAUUAUUAUAUUGUUGUUAUAUUUUACAUUAUUACACACAAAUAUUUUAAUUAGUAUUCCAUAUGUUGCUUUGAGGGGAUUUCUUACAUUUAAUAAUCAUAAGUCUCUGUAUUAUAAUUAAUUAAAUUUGGAGAAAAUUGAUUGUUGAGGAGGGCCUUCUACUUCAUAUGGUUUAUAUAUUAUACUUGUACCUUUUUUUCUUGA